CACAGCAGAAAAGGAACAAGAAGGAGACGACCAUGUCUACAGCGCAGAUAAUCUUUCGUCGUUUCGACAAUUCCUGAUGAUCGGCACGGUCUGCAUGGCCAUGUUCACAAACCAGCUCGGUCUCGGAAAUACUCUUGGCAUCGUCGGCGUCAUCGGCGAGACCUUUGGAUUGGAGAAUGAGGGUGAAGAAGCCUGGCUCGUCGCCGGAUACUCCCUGACCGUCGGUACAUUCAUCCUUCUGGCAGGCCGACUCGGUGACCUGUACGGCUACAAGCGGAUGUUCCUCAUCGGUAUGACCUGGUAUGCUAUCUGGAGUUUGGCGGCUGGAGUGAGCGUUUUCAACAAGUCGGCCAAGUCCGGCUACGUCCUCUUCAUCUUUGCGCGCGCCUUCCAAGGGAUUGGCCCAUCGAUGACCAUGCCUGCCGCGCUGGCUCUGCUUGGCACAGCGUACCGUCCUGGACAAACGAAGAACAUGGCAUUUGCAUUAUUCGGAGGAUGCGCACCCUUUGGUGCUGUGGCGGGCUUUCUGUUUGGUGGCCUUUUCGCGCUGGCCUGGUGGCCGUGGACCUACUACAGCCAAGCUAUCGCACUUGCCGCCCUGACCGCCUUCGCAACCUGGUCGAUUCCCGAUCAGCCUCUGGGUAAGGACGCGCAGGCCAUGUCGGCCACAGAGAAAGUUAAGAACCUUGAUCUCAUCGGCGGCACGAUCGGCAUUACUGCGCUGGUGCUCAUCAACUUCGCCUGGAACCAAGCAGUAGUCGCGGGCUGGGAACAACCUUACGUGUAUGCGACCCUCAUCGUGGGCUGCUUUCUGCUUGCUGUCUUCGCCUACUACGAAGCGAGAUUGUCGCCGAAUCCACUCCUCCCAUUUGCUGCCUUCAACAGCGACAUCGCGUUUGUUUUUGGCUGUACUGCCGCUGGAUGGGGAACAUUCGGUAUCUGGGUCUUUUACGCGGCACAAUUGGUGAUUUACGGUCGCGGCGUCACUCCGCUUCUCCUAUCCGCUUGGUACUCACCCGUCAUUCCGUCUGGCCUCAUUUCAGCUCUCGCCGUCGGCAAGCUUUUGGGCAGAAAGUUGUCCGCGGCAUGGGUCAUGGUCAUCGGGCAAGUCGCCUUCGUCGUGGGCUCCCUUCUUAUCGCUACCUACCCUGUCCAGGACACUUACUGGGGCCAUUUCUUCUUCUCCGUACUGAUCAUCACCGUUGGCAUGGACUCCUCUUUCCCUGCCGCGACCAUCAUCUUCAGCGAUGCCGUCGAGCCCAAGUAUCAGGGUAUGGCUGCGUCGGUUGUUUUGACCAUCGUCAACUACUCCAUCAGCCUGGCCCUCGGCUUCGCAGGUACUGUUGAGAUCGAGACAAAGGCUGGCGAUGCCAUGAGGGGCUACCGGAAUGCUCUCUGGUUCGCUGUGGGUCUGGCUGGGCUUGGGUUGGUGCUUUCGUUGAUCUUUGUGGUCAAGGACGAGCUAAGCAAGCGUCGUUCGAAGCAGGCUUGAGGCACAGUGCGAUGUGAUGGCGACUCAUCGGAAUUUGUCUGUCAGUUUUAGAUUGUAAUUGAAGCGGCU